AUGUAUGCUAGAAGGGACUCUGUCAGGCUGCUGGGGGGGACUGGUCUGUGCUCAGGCAGACUGGAGGUGAACUCUGACCAGGCUAACCCGUCCUGGUCCUCAGUGUGUGAGGCUGACUUUGACCAGCAGGAUGCUCAGGUGGUCUGCCGGCAGCUGGAGCCUGGUGGUGUUAAGCUGGUGGGAGGAGAGAGUCGCUGUGCAGGAGACCUGGAGCUGGAACAUCUGGGAGAAUGGAGACCAGUGCAGGGCUCUCUCUGGACCCUGAAGGCAGCAGGAGUCGUCUGCAGAGAGCUCAACUGUGGCUCUGCUGUUUCUAUGGGAGAGAGAUAUGAGGAGUCCUCAGAGAGACCUGUGUGGGGGAUCAGCUCUAACUGUGUUCAGUCUGGAUCUCCUCUGAGGGAGUGUGCAGCAUCAGAUUCCUCUCCCUACUUCCUGACUCUCACCUGCUCAGACUCUGUCAGGCUGCUGGGGGGGACUGGUCUGUGCUCAGGCAGACUGGAGGUGAACUCUGACCAGUCUAACCCGUCCUGGUCCUCAGUGUGUGAGGCUGACUUUGACCAGCAGGAUGCUCAGGUGGUCUGCCGGCAGCUGGGCUGUGGGGCUCCUUCAGUCCUCCAGGGGGCGCUCUAUGGAGAAGGGGAGGCUCCAAUGUGGACCAAAGAGUUCCAGUGUGGAGGCCAUGAGUCUGCUCUCCUGGACUGUAGCUCAGCCUCAGAGAGAAACACCUGCUCACCUGGCACAGCUGUUAGCCUCACCUGCUCAGAGCCUGGUGGUGUUAAGCUGGAGGGAGGAGAGAGUCGCUGUGCAGGAGACCUGGAGGUGGAACAUCUGGGAGAAUGGAGACCAGUGGGGGACUAUUACUCUCUCUGGACCCUGAAGGCAGCAGGAGUCGCCUGCAGAGAGCUCGACUGUGGCUCUGCUGUUUCUGUGGGACAGAGAGAGGUGUCCUCAUUGAGAUCUACAUGGUGGAUGAGCUCUGACUGUGUUGAGUCUGGAUCUGCUCUGAGGGAGUGUGCAGCAGUAUCACGUUCCUCUCCCAUCAUCCUGACUCUCACCUGCUCAG